CCAAAGCUCUGUAAUAUUGAACAUAUGGUAAGAACCAGAGCUUUCUACCCGCCCCUGCCUGAGCUGCCGCGCUCCGUUUCUGGCAAACACCCCCAAGCUGCCAACAGUCUGAAUGCUCCCUUGGUCUUACACACUGUCAACCAUUUCGCUUACUAGGGCGUUUCAAUUUUGCAAAGUCCGGGGAGUGAACGCAGAGAGGGGAACUGCCAGAAGCCUUGCUAAGGAACGAAUGCAAACAAUCGUUUAUCAUAACCUAGCUAGCAGCCCAACUUCGUAAUCAGACGCAUAGGCAUGCAGUCAUGCCCCAACUGCCCGACGUCGAGGCGCCACCGCCUUCUGCUGCGGACACCGUGUCCCAGAACUCUCCGCUGGCCACGCAGCCACCGGGAGCCGAACUACCGGUAUCCUCGCUGCCACCGCCCAACCUCCCAAUUGGUGCGGGCCCUCCGCCGUUCCCACCAUCACCACAGCCGCCACCGGCUAAACAGCUCAGCAACCUUGCACUAGGCGCAGCUGCGUACUCCUCGUCUGCCAUCUCAGGCUACUGCAGCGGUGGCUGCACUGCCCAGUAUGCGGUGGACGGGAACACAAACCUAGAUACCCAGAUGCUGCAUACCGAUGGGAAUGUGACUGGCCAGGACAACAGCCCUUGGCUGUCCAUUGAUCUGGGCGCCGCAGCGUCAGUGCGUUAUGUGCGCGUCUACCACCGCCCGGGUUACCUGUUCAGAACACAGCAGUCGGAGCUGCGGAUUGGCGAUGUCGCCAUAACAAAUGCUGCAGCGGAUAAGAGCAGGGUAACCUCAAACGUGCUGGUCUGGAAGCAACAGGCGGAGCUGACGUCUAAUAUGACGGAGAUCCUGUUUGAUCCACCGGUGGUUGGCCGGUGGGUGACGUUCCAGAACGUCCCACCGCCCGCCACCACCAGUGUUGAGAACCGCGUACUCCAAGUGCUGGAGCUCCAAGUGUUUGGACAGGUCCUGAACGUGACGGCGCGCCGUUUCCAGGAUCCGUACGUGGGCUGCGUCAGUGGAGGCGUGAUGCUGCCCCUGGUCAUGUACGACAGCAACGCAGACUCCACACCUGAUCUCUGCGCCAUGGUCGCGCGCCGCCUUGGUAUGAUUUUUCUGCAAUGUCGUGCAUAUGAGUCAUCAAUGGUCCGAAUGCCAUAGAACGUGUGCCGUACAUCCUUGGGCGGGUGGGGCCAUGGCGUUACCGGUAUGAAUAAAUCUUCUGAAGCAAGUGGGAAGACAACAGCGCUUGCUAUGGGCGUGUAAGGCACAUCAUGACGGACCCUGCUGGCAGCGACCCUCUGCAAUUAGUUUGAUUGUGUCGCUUGCGUGCUCUGCUACUGUUUCAUCCAUCCUCACGUUCUUGCUUGAGUGAACAAGCAAAGAGCCAAUAUAUAUGUUUAGUACCUGUCUGUCUCGCUCUGCAGGUGCUGCGUACUACAGCGUCAGGGGAUACGGAUGCUGGGGAUUGCUGAGCACCAGCCCUGAAGUGGACAUCACCAUCUCAGUGGUCGAGGACGCAGCCCGCAACUCCAAUGGUGUUUGCGAUGCGCCCUGCCCGGGUGAUAGUACAAUGUCAUGCGGCGGCAGGACUGCCAUUGACGUCUACCGGACCAACAUACUUGGCAAGUAUCAGUAGAUAGGCUAAU